ACCACUCAAAAAAUAAACUUUGGACAUCAACGCUAAAUUACAGUGCAAAUAUCAGAAAAAAUAAAAUUAAUUACAAUGACAAGUUCAAUUCCGUCAUUCAUCUUUUCUCUACAUUUAGUUUUUCAAUAAUCCAAACAUGCUCGUCUCAGUGAAAAUAUCCAUCAAGAUGUAGACCCGAUUUUUUGGUUAUUGGGUAAUUUUUAUACAAUUUAUAAUAAAAUUCAUCAUGUCCUGCUGCGAAGGUUCUGCUAGUGGCGAACGUUUUCCAGGGACUGGAUGCUGUGGAUCCAGCUGUGCCGGGGGAAGAUCCGGGUGUCUGGCGUCCGAGCCGCGGAUACGAUCUUGUAUGUGUCAAGAGAACGUAGGGUGCCUGGACAGGGCAGAUUGCGGGGGAUUUCGACCGAGAGGUACAGCCGCCACUGGAGCGUGCCCUGGACCGUGUCAGUGCGCUGAGGAAGAGGCAUGGAACAGUAAUUCACCACCUAGACCGAAUUGCGAGUGGCUCUCGAAUUUCAGCGAGUUGAGAAGACAGUGGAGUGAUCAUGGAAGGAAAAAUAACUGCAAGUGUUGCCGCUGUGCUCCACCAAGACGAGUAGCCCCUUGCAGACCCUGCGUCCAAACCGCGAACCCCUGUUCAUCCACCACCAAACCCUGCACGUUCGACGAAAGAUUAUCUGGAGGUGCUUGCGGGGGAGGCUCCUGCGAGGACCAGCAGGGCUAUCCAGGUUCUUCCACGGCCAACCCCAACCAACCCUGUGCCCCAGCACCAAAACCCAUCCUAAAGCCCCGCAGUUGCUGUCAGUGCAUCGGCAACUACUGCAUGUGCCAGCCAAUGCCACGUAAUUGCAACUGCCCGCCACCCCCUCAGGUUGACGCCCGAGCGGACCGCGAAUGCUCGUGCGAGUGUCCCUCGUCCCCCGAAUGCGCGUGCCCCCCGAGUGAAAGAAAGUUCCCAAAGACGAAGGUCCGAUGCCCAAACGCAAAACUGUGCUGUCCAACACCGCGACCACAGCCUGGCCCCAAGUGCAAUUGCUCCAGGUGUCAACCAUGUCUUCCACCGCCAUGCGACCCGUGUACGUCAACAAAAUGUCGACCACCGGUGGUUAAAUUCCCGCCAUGUCCACCGGAGCCAUCUUGUCCACCUUUCAAGGGGCCACCGUCGUGCGCAGGCUGUCAGGGACCACCAACUCCACCAUGUGCCUCCGGUAGACCCCAGACCGCCAGCAGAUUAGGCUGCAUGACACCCUGCAGACGACCAGGUAUGUGACGUGGCAUCCGGUAGGUCAUGAGAUUGCCGUGCAAUAUCAGCAGAACACCCGGAGCUUCUUCACCUGGAUGAGCAACUUUAUUAGCAGCAUAGGUCAUUCGACACUCCUACCCAGUCCACUUGCCCUCAUAUCCUUCACCCUGAUGAUUCUGCUCGGUGUCACCCUCUCACUUGGUUUGACGCUGUACGAGCGAUAUUAUAAGACUAAAAAAUUGUGCUCCAGAUGUCGAUAA